AUGUCUGGAAACUGCUGUUCUAGGAGAUGCCCCUCCGUGCCAGCCAUCUCUCUCUGCUCCACUGAGGUGAGCUGCGGAGGGCCUGUCUGCUUGCCCAGUUCCUGCCGGAGCCAGACGUGGCAACUGGUGACUUGUCAAGAUAGCUGCAGAUCAUCGAGCUGUGGUUCACAAUGCUGUCAGCCCUCCUGUAGCGUGAGCAGCUGUGCCCAACCUGUGUGCUGCCAGGCCACCAUUUGUGAGCCCUCCUGUCCUGUGAGCAGCUGUGCCCAACCUGUGUGCUGCCAGGCCACCAUUUGUGAGCCCUCCUGUCCUGUGAGCAGCUGUGCCCAACCUGUGUGCUGCCAGGCCACCAUUUGUGAGCCCUCCUGUCCUGUGAGCAGCUGUGCCCAACCUGUGCGUUGUGAGACCACCAUUUGUGAGCCCUCUUGUCCUGUGAGCAGCUGUGCCCAACCUGUGCGUUGUGAGACCACCAUUUGUGAGCCCUCCUGUCCUGUGAGCAGUUGCUGCCAACCUGUAUGCUGUGAGGCUACUUCCUGCCAACCAGUCCUCUGUGUGCCCACUUCAUGUCAGCCCAUCGUCUGUGAACCCAGCUGCUGCCAGCCAGUCAUCUGUGAGCCCAGCUGCUGUCCAGCUGUCUGCAAUGUGCCGAGUUCCUGCCAACCAGUGGUCUGUGAGCCCACCUGCUGUCAGCCGGCGUGCCCCACGCCGAGCUGCUGUCCCUCCGUCUGCUCUGUGGCUGACAGCUGCCAGGCUGUUUGCUGUGACCCCAGCCCUUGUGAGCCUUCUUGCCCAGGGCCCAGCCUCUGCCAGCCUACCUGUGUGACUCUGGUCUGCCAGCCUGUCUGCUUUCGCCCUGUCUGCUGCCUUCCGAGCCCUUGUGAACCACCUUGUGUCUCCAGCACUUGCCAGGAGCCCUCUUGUUGUGUCUCUAGCACCUACCAACCCAUCUGCUCGGAGCCCAGCCCCUGCUCACCAAGUGUCUGUGUGUCCCGUCCAUGCCAACCUUCCUGCUACCUACUCAAGCGCUGUCGGUCUGUUUCCUGUGAGCCUGUUUCCUACCCGUCUGCCUCCUGCCAACCUCUCUGCUACCGACCGGGGUCUUCUGCGUCUGCCGUCUGCCAACCAAUGUGCUCUCGGACUUUCUACAUACCCAGCUCCUGCAAACAGCCUUGCACGACUUCAGUUUCCUACCGCCCCAUUUGCCGCCCAAUCUACUCUGGACCCCUCACCUACAGGCAGCCGUACGUGACGUCCAUCUCCUACCGUCCUCCCUGCUACCGCCCCUGUUACUCCAUCCUGCGCCGGCCGGGUUGUGUCACUUCUGUCUCCUUCCGCCCAGCGUGCUCCCGCUUGUCUUGUUCUGACUCCUGUAAACAGGAUUGCAAAAAGUCCACUUCCAGCCAACCGGAUUGUGCUGACUCCACGCCCUGCGUGGUGGAAGUUUCAAAGGCCAGUUCCUGCCAGCUCACUGAGGUCAAACCCACCACAUCAACUGCCUGUGAGGCCAGAGCCAGCCAGCCUGAUGCCACCAAGACUGCCAACCGCUGA